UUAACCUUGGUACCCAUCAACCAGAAGUUGAACAAGUAGCAAAGCGAGAGGGCGAUCGAGUCGACAUCGACUCAUCCAGUCAUCAUCAAUUCUUAGCGGAAUCACUGCGGUGGAUCGAUCAGCGUUGCGGCGAUCAACGAUGGUUAUCUUCCAAGGCAAAUGGGUUAAGCUUGGACAGAAGGGGACGGGGCCGGGUGCGAGAAGCUCACAUGCCAUCGUAGUGGUAGGGCAGAAGGCUUACGUUUUCGGUGGUGAGUUCACGCCUCGUGCCCCUGUUGACAACAAGCUUCAUGUGUUCGACCUCCACGACCUCUCAUGGUCCGUCGUUGAUGCCACCGGAGACAGCCCCCCGCCACGGGUUGGUGUCACCAUGGUCGCUGUUGGUGGGACCAUCUAUGUCUUCGGUGGUAGGGACAGUGACCACAAGGAGCUCAAUGAGCUCUACUCCUUCGACACCUCCACCAGCGAGUGGACCCUACUCUCCAGCGGAGACACAGGACCUGAUCACCGGAGCUACCACUCUAUGACCGCCGACGAUCGCCGGGUGUACGUUUUCGGCGGCUGCGGUGUUGCCGGACGACUAAACGAUCUUUGGGCGUUUGACAUCAACGAUCGCAAGUGGAUCAAAUUCCCGGUACCUGGGGAGAACUGCCGGGCUCGAGGUGGUCCUGGUUUGGCGGUCUCCGGCGGGAAGAUCUGGGUGGUUUAUGGAUUCUCGGGAGAGGAGCUCGAUGACGUACACUGCUUUGACCCCAUCAGUGAGCAGUGGACAGAGGUGGAGUCAACAGGUGAGAAACCAUCACCUCGAAGCGUAUUCUCAACGGUUUGGAUCGGGCGAUACAUAUUUGUUUACGGUGGUGAGGUGGAUCCGAGCGACAAGGGCCACCUGGGAGCUGGCAAGUUCGCGUCCGAAGUCUACGCGUUGGACACGGAGACGCUAGUGUGGAGUCGAUGGGAGGAUGUGUCAGAUUCCGAGGAGCAUCCUGGGCCGCGCGGGUGGUGCGCAUUCUCUGCCGGACGGCGAGAUGGUUGCGAGGGAUUAUUGGUGUAUGGCGGAAACUCGCCGAGCAACGACAGGCUUGAUGGCAUAUUCUUCUUUACUCCUUACCUUGAUGACGGGGAUAAGAAGUGAUGAUGAUGAUGAUGAUGUGAUGACGAUGAAUGAAUAGUCGUAGAGUGUGUGGUUCUGUGGGUAUUGAUGUGGAUGCAACUUGUGGGCGUGGGUUGAAAGUUGUCUAAGCAGGAAGCACGCUUUAAGGUGGUGGACAUUGUAUCAGAGACAAAAGGAUGUGAACAUAUAUCUAUUCAAGUCCAAGAUGGAAUAAUAUGCAAUUGAAUGAGUGUGAUUGUGGAAUCUUCUGUUUGUUU